GACAUUUUGCGUAAUUUCAGGAAUUAUAUAUGAAACUCAGGGGCAUUUUGAAUAAGAUGACACCAGAGAAAUGCCAAACCCUUAUUUGCCGUGCCAAACGUUUGAAUAUAGAUACAGAACCCAAACUGACAGAAGUCGUUAAUCUUAUCUUUGAAAAGGUGAUUAUGGAACCUACUUACAGUUCUGUAUACACUAACAUGUGUCACUGCAUGAAAAUCAAAGUGAGAUCGGAACAACAAGAGGGUAAAAUGGUUACCUUUCGAGCUUUACUUUUAACAAGAUGCCAAAGAUUCAUUCGUGAAUCAAGGACUGAGCUGGAAAAGUUGAAAGAUGCUGAUGAGGCUACUGUUAGCGAGUACCACUCAAAAUUAUUUGGUGCUUACAGAUUUAUAGGUGACCUAUACAAUAAAGGCAUCGUUAUAGAAAAUGUUAUUCACGACAUGAUUUUCAAGUUAUUAAAAUGGAAGGACCCAGUUUCGCUGCAAUGUCUUUGUGUGAUUUGGCCAAUAGUAGGGGAAAAGUUGGAUGUUAGUAAAGCAAAGCGAAGAAAUGAUCAGUACUUCCAGCAGAUGGCGAAAAUAGCAAAAGAUAAGAGACAACCCGGGAACAUAAAAUAUCGUCUGCUGAACGUUAUAGAUUUGAGGGCAAAUAACUGGAUCUCCAGACUACCAGUUGUUAAACCAAAGACACUUGCUGCAGUACGAAUGGAUGUUGAAAAGGAAAUCAGUGGCGCGGAACUUCAAAACAAAUGAAAUCUAAAUUGUACUAGAAAUGCCGUGUGCUAUGCAUUUCCAUGUGAUUUGAACAAAACAUACCAAUUAUUCCUCAAUUUCCAUGUGAUUUGAAGGAAAACUAUGGUUUUAUUCCCAUGUGAUUUGCAGAAAGUAAACUAAAAUGUGCGUCGAUCCGUAGAUGUUCUACAGAAAUAAGUAGCUAUCUCCGGUCGCAGUUUCUAUAUUUUAUAUAGAACUGAAAGGAUGAACACUAACAUGUACUUAUAACGAUGAGUACCAAUUGUUAACAGUGUCACUAUAAAUUUUAGGAUGGCUAAGUUAAUUCUCUCUAUAAUGCUUGUUCCCGUAGAUAAAUUGCAAUUUUACAUUAUGAGUAAUAAAUGAAAUAAAAAUGCA